GGAGAAGAACCAGAAAAUAUUGAUUUAUUGCUGGAGAACCUGGAGCAGUCCAAUGGUCUGAGUCUACAAAGUGAGGAUUGUGGAGGCUGUAACAGAAAAUCUGUUCUAAAUGUGGAGCACAGAAAUUUAAACCCAGAGACUGAGCUGAAGAGAUUCUUCGGUGCUCGAGCUGUUUUAGGAGAUCAGAGACCUCGACAAAGAAACAGACAUUUUCACCGCAGUACCUGGAUGACCAGUCCGAAGGACACUUGGCCUCGUUUCAGCCGUCCAGGAAUUUCAAUGACCUUACUGGAGUCAAAGAAUGGCCUUCAGUACUUCACCUUCGAACACGGUCGGGACUACCAACAAGUACAGUUCAAGUUCCUGGAUGCAGUUGAGUCCAUGGAUCCGAACAAUAUUGUUGCCCUGCUUCAGCUCAACCCAUACCACAUCGAUUCUCUGCUGCAGCUUUCUGAYGUCUGCCGGAUACAGGAGGAUCAAGAAAUGGCCAGGGACCUCAUUGAGAGGGCUCUGUACAGCUUCGAGUGUGCUUUUCACCCUUUAUUCAGCCUGACAUCAGGUACCAGCAGGCUGGAUUAUUUGAGACCUGAGAACAGAGCAUUUUAUCUGGCUCUUUAUAAGCACAUGAUGUUCCUGGAGAAGAGAGGAUGUCCGCGGACUGCUCUGGAGUUCUGCAAACUGAUCCUGAGUUUGGAUCCAGAUUCGGACCCUCUGUGCAUGCUCCUCCUCGUUGAUUUCCUGAUGCUGCGCUCUAGAGAGUACAAGUCUCUCCUUCAGUUAUAUCAAGACUGGGAGGAGCACAGAAAUCUGUCUCAGCUGCCAAACUUUGCGUUCUCCUGUGCACUUUGCCAUUUUCAUCUGAGUCAGCAGGAAGAUCUGGACGCUGAAGARGCCUGCAGACACAAACAGCAAGCUGACCAGAUGCUUCAGGGCGCUCUUAUCAUGUUCCCUGGAGUCUUGAUGCCUUUAUUGGAUCUGUGCACAGUACAGCCGGAUGCUGCAGUCUCCUCACAUAGCUUCUUUGGCCCAAAGAGUCAGAUAGGGCAACCUCCGGCUUUGGCUGAACUAACAGCUCUGUACGUGGGGAGAACAUACAGUCUAUGGAGGGAGGCGGUGGUAAUGCUCUGGUUGGAGGAGACGGUGAAGGAGGUGCUGAGUCGAGUUGAUGUCAAAGACCCUUUUGUGGAGGAAUGCCAAAACAAGAGAAAGCAAAGGUAUCAAAGUGCGCCAAGAAACAUCCAUCGCCAUGUCAUUCUUUCUGAAAUCAAAGAAGCCACCUCCACGCUGCCUCUAGAGGUAACCACGCAGCCUGUGAUGGGCUUUGACCCCCUGCCUCCACUCGACUCAGUGAUAUCAUACACCAGACCUGAGAGGCAGAAUGUUGGUGCAACCAAUGAAAGCACRCUGUCUCUGUUUAUCCGCUCUUUGAUGCCAAACUUCAACCUUCAGGGUGGAGCGAGGCAGGAGGAUGAGAUGGAGGUGGCUCGAGCUGGCCAGGAGCUGAACCAAGAAGUAAAUCGUCUGAUGGCGGCAAUGAGGGACAUGCUGGCUAACAUCCGGUUUCAGGAGCCACCCAGAGAAGACAACCACUACAGAGAUGAGGAGGAAUGGGACUGAGGGAAGAGUGGCAACACAAUUCAACAUUAAAUAAAAAGAAAAAUCAAAAACAUGGUUUUGUGUCUAUACAAAAAUGGAGUGGGACUCCUUAAUAGUACUUUAAUGGUGAUUGAUUUAUUUUCAGUUUCCACGUUAAAUUCUGCCUUAAUUUCAUGACUUCUCAAAUACGAAUACACUUUGUAACCUGUAAAAAGACGUUAUCAGCUUAAACCAUCUUGUUACCAAAGAUUUAGUUUUAGAUUCUGUCUUUUCUUUUAAUUCAGUAGCGCACACACUUACUGAGCUCUACCCCUUUUUCUCUGGUUUACUCACGCUCACAGACUCACUGCUGUCUUUAUGGUGUUAGAGCAAAGUUUUACUUGUGUUUGAGCUCCGCCUAAUUCAGCAUCACAAGUUUUAAAUUUUAUUUUACAGCAUUCAUAAAGUAUUUACUCACACUUGAAACAAAGUUAACAAGUGCUUUUCUACAAUGAAAGCAUUUGUUACAGAAUACAACUUUAGUACAUUAUUUUUUCUUUUAUUUUUUGUUGUUUCUAAUAGAAGAUUUAGCUAAUCUUUGUGGUAUUUGUGAAGUCAUUGAGAUCUCAUCAUUCAGGUUUGUAUUGUAGAAUGCUACUUUGAUACUUGAAGUAUUACAAGUUAAAUCCUUUUAGAAGAGUAUUUGAAAUUGAAAGGGAUUUUGCGGUAAUGGUGAUAAUGCAYAUUUCAUGUCGUAUCUGUGUAAUAUGUGGUGAGCAAAAAAAGCAAUGAAAAUCUGGUUAAAAUAUGUGAAUAUAUUUUUAGAAGUACAUUACCCUGUCAAACUGUUAUUCAGUAAUAAAAACACAAAUGAAAUAAAUACCUUGACAUAAAGUGAGACAACAAAAUAAAUAUUGCAAUUUUUA